AUUCCUUCUGUCUUCCCUUUCUUAGUUUGCUUUUUUUGUUCACCAACUCAUUUUUUCCUUACACCCCCCAUUACAUUUCAGCUCAAACCCUUGUAGUGCCGGAAAGGACAAAAAAAUAAAUAAAAUGUCCUAUGUUGUGAAAAUGGAUGAGAAAAAUAAGACCAUAAUUACAGUGAUCCAGCUCUUAGGGUUUCAGACUCCACAAGCUCUAACAUUUGUUUUAUUCUUUUUAUUUCUUCUGAUGUAUUGUGUGACAAUAUGUGGGAAUCUCCUGAUCAUCACAUUGGUGUCCUACAGCAAAACCCUCCAUUCUCCCAUGUACUUCUUCCUCUCUCAGCUCUCUGUAAUGGAUAUUUUAUUGACAACUGAUGUUUUUCCAUAUAUGCUUCAUUCUAUGUUGGAGAAAGAUUCUGCCACCAUGUCAAUUUCUAAUUGUAUCAUACAGUUUUAUUUCUUUGCUGUGUCAGAAACCUCAGAGUGUCUUCUGCUGACGGUGAUGUCUUAUGACAGAUAUGUGGCCAUCUGUAAACCAUUGCAUUAUACUUUAUUAAUGAGUACUCAAUUUUGCUGGAUAACAAUUCUAACAAGUUGGAUUUUAAGCUUUCUUUCUGGAUUGAUUUAUACUAUAGAGAUAUCGAAGCUACAGUUUUGUAGUCCUAAUGUUAUUGAUCAUUUUUUCUGUGAUCUUGGCCCAAUUCUAAAACUUUCCUGCUCUGAUACAACCAUUGUUCAACUAGAAUCAACAUUGAUAAAUGUCGUUUUUGCUUGCGCCCCAGUUAUUUUCAUCAUUGUGUCAUAUGUUUAUAUUAUAGUCACCAUUUUUAAAAUCCCCUCUAUUACAGGAAGACAGAAGGUUUUCUCAACAUGCAGCUCCCACUUGAUUGUUGUUUCCAUGUUUUAUGGAACCUUAAUUUUUGUUUAUUUGAUACCUAGGAGAGGGCAAUUAUUGAACAUUACUAAAUUCAUAUCAUUACUGUACACUACGGCAACGCCAAUGAUAAAUCCAAUUAUAUACAGCCUGAGAAAUAAGGAUUUGAAACAAGUCAUAGAUAGAAUUGUCAACAACUUUUUAAAGAUGCAUUUACAUCAUUAUUAAAUGUUAAAGG